UCUGAAUCCAGAAAUUUCCAUUAGCCCUUAUAAACUUUUUUUGUUUGCCUUUUUGAUAAAAGCAAUUGCUUCAUGUGCCAAGCACUUCAGUUUUCAGAGUUAAUAGGUUUUGCUUUCAUUUUGCUGAGCUUCAGUUUGUGACCUAAAAAUUGGGAAUUUCAGAAUCUGUAUGAGAAGACUUUCAGUUUUGUGAAUAGUUGGACAAUUAGGGUAGUUUUUGAGAAAUGGUUCUAACAUACAUUGAAAUUAAUGCGGUAGUGGAUCCUUCAUUCACGAUUAAUUCUAUUCCUACAUAAGGAUUGGAUUAAUGUAUUUGAUAUGAGGAAUGGAAGGAAAUGAGCAUUCACUAGUGCCACAAUGGUUGAAAAGAAGUAGGGUGGCUGGUAGCCAACUCACAUCACCUCCAAGCUCUGAUCAUAUUACCUAUGAUGGCUAUGAACGGACUAGAAAAGGUUCUGGCAUCACAAGGUCCUAUAGUUCUGUAAGAGGCUGGCCUGAUAGAGAAUGGGAGAAAGAUUUUGAUGAUGUCUUUGACAAGGACAAGCUGUUUCGUCGCAAGUAUAACCGUAACCAUUCUGACAGUGUGGAUAGUAUAUUGUCCAAUAGGUUUGAGAAGGAUUUGUUGUUACGAUCACAGUCUAUGAACUCUGGGUCUGGGAAAUGGAGAGAGACUCGCUCCCGUAGAACUUCAGGUGACAGAAGCAAUCCACAAGGAAACCAUGCAGAGAGUAAUGAUAUGGUUACUGGUGUUAUUGGCAUAAAAGAUAAAUCUCUGUUUGAAGAGGAGUUUCCUUUACUUGGAGCAGAAGAUAAACACAGUAGUUCUGAUGGAAGAGUGUUGUCUUCUAGCUCAAGUAAUUGCACUCCACCAACCAGCACUUCUUCAGAGAUUAGCAGCAAUGACCUUAGCUCGACACCAGAUGAGGUUCGAAUGACUGUUGGAAGCAGUAGCAUGGCUUUAAUGAUGCGUCAGCACACUGAUCUUGCAAAAACAACUUCAAUUACUCCAGGCACAAUGAGCCUCAGCAUGGCUGAGACAUUGGCUCAGGGUCCAUCUCGUUCUGAGACACUUCCACAAUUGUCUGUUGGUACCCAAAAGCCUGAAGAGUUGGCCCUUAAACAAUCUAGGCUAUUAAUACCCAUGAUGCCCUUGUCGCCAAGGUCCUUGGUAAGGGUGGUUCUUUCUUUCUCAAUGUGAUGUUAUGAAAAACUUUCCCUCUUUAAGUUAUAUUAAUUCCUCAUUUCUAAACCUUAGCUGUUUUAUAUGCUCGGGAUAAUUUCACAGAAUCAAUAUGCGCAACCAUCAUAAUUCAUGAUAAUCCACUAAAUUAGUAACAUCUCACAUUUAAAUUGUAUUCUUCUCUAAAUUUCUUUUUAAUUUUACCUAAUUUUCACUUUUGAUUGAUUUUAUUUUUGCU